GGGUAGUUGAACCUGAGACGGGAACAAAAAUAAAAAAGUUCAACAGAAGUUCUUUUAUCAAUAAUUUCACUAGAUAUUGAAGAUGACGAGCACAUUGAAAGGGAUUACUCUCAAGGGAAGCGCCGAGCUGGUGGCCGAGUUCUUCUCUUUUGGCAUCAACAGCAUCCUAUACCAGCGGGGCAUCUAUCCUCCAGAGACUUUCACCAGAGUGACCCAAUACGACAUGAGCCUUCACCUCACCACUGAUGCAAAACUGAAGACCUACCUGGCAAAUGUCGUGUCGCAGCUCAAAGAGUGGCUGUUUGAGUGCUCCGUGCAGAAGUUUGUGUUGGUCAUCACAUGUCUGGAAACCCACCAGGUGCUGGAGAGAUGGCAGUUUGACAUCGAGUGUGACAAGUCAGCCAAGGAAAUCAGUGCUCCCAGAGAGAAGUCCAUUAAGUCCAUCCAGGAUGAGAUCCGCUCAGUCAUCAGGCAGGUCACCGCCACAGUGACCUUUCUGCCACUGCUGGAGACGCCGUGUGCAUUUGACCUCCUUGUCUACACAGACAAAGGCCUGAUGGUUCCUGAGAAGUGGGAAGAGUCUGGUCCUCAGAUCAUCGACCAAUCGGAGGAGGUGCGUUUACGUUCGUUCACCACCUCUAUCCACAAGGUGAACAGCAUGGUGGCGUACAAGAGGACCGACUCCGCUUAGACUUCUAGACCACAGUGCCCCCUCCUCCCUGUGAGCUGUAUAUACACCACCAAGCACCAAUAGUAGAGUCUAGGGUGCCCUGUCCAACCUUACUGUCUUCUUUACCUGGAGACCCGCCAUUGUUUUCUGAUCUUCACAUUGUUUCACUUGACAGCACCUGGUUCUGUCUACACUGAUGUAAAUAGUUGUUUCAUUAGCUGUGAUCUGUCUGUAAGAAACCGCUGUCUCUUGUUCUUGGUAGUGCCUUCCCUUUCUCCCAGAUGGUCAACGUCGGUUUUAGAAGCUCGUGUUUAUAUGUUAAUCUUUUUUUAACAUGUCAUGAAUAAAAAACGUCUUUCACAAAGGUU